GUUCUCCUGUGCCAUUUGGUUGCCAUGGCCCACAAUGAAGAGAAUGAUGCGAUUUCGGCUCUUACUGGACUCUCACUAGGAAGCAUUCUUGGUGACCUCAAUGUAACGCCGGAUUCCCUCAACAAUCAACUCGGAAUUUCCGGUAUACCUGCCCUCAGCUCAAAGCAGAUUUACAACGAGAAUUACGACGACGAAGAUGCAGUCGGGCUGGAUCAAGGAGAUGACUGGGAGGCACAGAUUGACCUUGAAAUGGCGCAAGAAGGGGAUGAUGCCGUGAAAAUGGAGGUUAAUUCUCCUACGCUUAGGCAGAAGCAGAAACGGACAAGGAUCGUGAAGCGUUUGAUAGAGCGCCCAAAGACUGUUUAUGAACGUUUUCCUGCAUUCGAGAAAGACAAAGUCUUGGACUUCAGCGAAUUGUUCAAAGGGUAUACCGCUCGUAAAUCAAGAGUAGGGAAACGGCAGUUUGCCGUCGAGACAACUUAUCCGAGAAAGAAAGAAGUUCCAAGAGGCUUUUUAGAAUCCGUAGCAGGGGAUACGAAACGUCAGGUAGAGAACAAGAGGGUAGAAGCAGUGAUAUCGUCAGGGAGCAUUGAGGCUGAUCUUCGUCGAGCACUCGAGGAACGGGGUACAACGAACGUUCAAGUAUCGGUACCACUACAUGACAGGUCAUUCGAUCUGGUUCUCUUAUCAAAUUGGGAGGAUCAAAUUAUAUAUGAACCAGAUCCUUCGCCUUCUGCUGUACCCCAGUCUACUGACAGCAGCCUGACCACUCCUGUGAACAAUGUUUUAGAGUCGGGAGCGUGGACACAGAGCAUAAUUUGGACACCUGAUGCACCGUUCAGAGACUUCACCCAGCUCGAGUUCAAUCAUGAGGACGACAUUGUUCCAGAAGAGCGCUCAAAUGAACAAAUUCGACCCAGGAAACGUUUCAGAACAGAUGCUGCUCCGCGGGAUAAAUUCAACCUAUCUAACGAUCAGUACUAUGAGGUUGCCAAAGAUGGCGGGCGUCAUCGUGUUCGCCAGACCUUCGGUCAGCUCACCGUAGAGCACGCUUAUUCAGCCCAAAAAUUACAACUUCCUUUUUACAAAACGCGACUUUCCAAGCAAGAAGCUCGUUCCUUCCAUCGGCCCGCACUGCAAUUCCCCAUCAACAUCGAGCUCCAUUUCACGAAAGUUCGGACUGCGAAGAAAAAAAAGGACAAAGCUGGGCGUAAACUAGGCAAGGGUGGCAAUGUGGCAGAAGGGCUCCAUACUACUGGCGAUCUGAGUCUGCGAGACACAAGCAAUUUUGUUUUGUGGGAAUACUCUGAGGAACACCCACCUAUCAUUCCCAACUUUGGAAUGGGUAGUGUACUGGUAAAUUAUUAUCGAAAAAAGGACGAAAAAGAUGACCAUGUCCCGAAGUUCGACCUCGGCGUGCCGUUCGUACUAGAGCCGCAAGACGAAUCGCCUUUCAUGAAGUUUGGCUAUGUCUAUCCUGGCCAGGCGAUGCCCGCUCUGUACAACAAUCUGGUUCGUGCACCGCUUUUCCGACAUAAACCCAAGCAUACCGACUUCCUGGUUGUACGGAGCACCGUAAAGGGUGAAACCAAAUACUUUAUCCGCGAGAUCAAAAAUCUUUUUGUUAUUGGCCAAACAUAUCCUGUCACCGAGGUUCCUGGACCUCAUUCUCGGAAAAUCACAAAUACAAUCAAACACCGACUGCAGAUUAUCGCGUACAAAUUACUGAGAAAAAGCACAGGCGAACGAUUGAAAAUAUCUAGGUUGAUGAAAUAUUUUCCAGAUCAAAAUGAACUACAAAUGAGGCAACGGUUGAAGGAAUUCAUGGAGUACCAUCGCCGUGGUCCUCAUCAAGGCUUCUGGCGUCUCAAACCCAACUGGCCUGUGCCCUCCGAUCCGGAAAUGCUCAAGAUGGUCACCCCCGAGCAGGUGGUCCUUACAGAGAGUAUGCAGGUUGGUCAACGUCAUUUGCAGGACUCUGGGUAUAGCCAAACCGCAGACAACGCGGAUGGCGACGAAGCAAAUCUCUCAGUAGAGCAGCAACUUGCGCCUUGGAUUACGACGAAGAAUUUCCUUUUUGCAACACAGGCAAAAGCCAUGUUAAGGCUACACGGAGAAGGGGAUCCUACGGGACGAGGGGAGGCCUUUAGUUUCAUCCGAAUCUCUAUGAAGGAGAUCUUUGUCAAAGCCGGGGAGGACUACGAGCAGAAGAUGGCGGAGGCCGAGAACAGACCAAAGUCAGCUCAUCGGUACAACGUUGCCGAGCAACAACAGAUAUACAAGUCUGAAAUUGAGCGUAUUUGGAAGGCUCAAUUUGAUUCACUGAGUCGACGGGAGGAGCCAUUGCUGACGGCUGAGGAUCUACGAAGAGAUGCGCUGAAAACACAACAAAUUGAAGCCCAACAACAGCAGGCCAACCGGGAUCUCACACCGUUAGAUUCUUACAGUCGUGGUCCGUCAAUGGAUAGAGGGAGUGUCGAUCCUGAAGCGAACCGGCGAGUCUUGCGAAUCAAGCGCUUGGUCGAUGGCCAUUGGGAGACUGAGAUUGUUCGGGAUCCGGCCGUCAUUCGGGCGUAUAUCCGUAAUCGGCAAGCUAUCGAGGAGGAAAAUACGUUGACUGAUAGUUUGGCGCCGACUGGUGAUGCUGAUAAGGAUAAGCGAGCGAAGAAGAGGAUUGAGGAAGAGCUCGCGAGGAUGAAGAAGAACCAGGAGAGACGUCUGCACAGAAAAAAUGCGAAGAUUGUAAAGGAAGGUGGUACUCCUUUGCAACUCAAUAGACCUCUGAAAUCAGAGACAACCAGACGCUGUGGCCAUUGCGGGCAAAUGGGACAUAUGAAAACCAAUCGAAAAUGUCCUCGGUGGGAGGAAUUUAACUCCGGAGCCGCACCUACACCCGGGCCUUCUGCGGCCUCACCGUCCGCAGCGACGAGCCCUCCCGCGACACCUUCUCAGUCGAACAUUGGAUUUAGUCGGGGACCAGCUUUCGGACAUUCCACUGCGACUAGUCCCCUGGCUACUAGUCCUCCUAUGACUGUUUACGACGAAGCAACUCCAACAAGUUCUGCCCCAAAGAUAAAAUUGAGUCUUGGAAAAAAGACCUCUUGAAGUACUAGAUCCCAUACAUGUAUUGUCUACUUACACACAUGAUUCGCAUUUAUCCCUUGUAUUAAGUAUGUGCCGAGUACGAUCACACCAGAAGGAGAAAAAAUUCUGCUCGACGGAAUUACCAAAAUUCAGUGCAACUGAUAUAUCAUGUGACCGGCGAUAUACC